UAUUGAUCAGACAUUUAUUAGAACAAAUUACAAAUGUAUUUGUUGGGUUGUUGUAACGAAGAUGGUCUUCAGACUCGGUUCCCAUUUCCCUUGAUCCUGGCCUAGGUAUUUCUUACAGACGCUUUUUCUUUCUUCUGUUCACCUAAAUUCCCUCGUCCGUGAUCCGAUCAGUGAUAUUCAACUUCAGUGUGAAAUCGUCGAGGAAUUUUGAGCAUCCAUAUACAAACCGGGAUUUGAUAUUUGGGAUCGUGUAAAUGGCAACUCCCGGUGGACCUCGACCAGGCAAUCCACCGCCUAAUUAUAACCCUAAUUCAAUUGCUGAUAAUAUGCAAAACCUUCAAAUCAAUCGCCCUAACAUGCCUCCCAAUUCAGCUGGUGGACCUAGAGGUCCACCUCCUCCGUUUGGUCAACAACCAUUCCCUUCAUCAGCUCCAUUUUCAUCGUCUCCAUUUUCAGGACCUUCUCGUCCAGGACCCCCUCCUCCAGGUGUUGUUCCCAGGGGUGCAGUGCCACCGCCUACUGGACCCCCACAAGGUGCAUUGCCUCCUUUCAUGGCUUCCAACCGACCUCCUGGUAGUAACCCCCCUCCUCCAUUUGCUUCAAGGCCUAUGACUUCUGGACCCUUGCCUUCUUCAACAAUGAGUUCUCGUCCUGGUCCUUUUGCAUCCUCCCCUUUGUCAACUGGUAUGCCUGUGCCACCACUAGGCGGUGGUCCUCCGAGCAAUGGCCCACCAGCAUUUGGACCAGGUGGUAUGCAAGGCGGUGGUCCUCUGUUCCCUCCAUCUGGUGUUAGACCAAGACCAUCUUCUGGACCUCCACCUUCUCUACCAACCAUGGGUGGUCCCUUUUCCGGCCAAACAACACAAACUCCUGGAAGUCCGCCUGAUUAUCAACAAAGAGGGCCAGGUUCACUAGCACCACCACCAUUUUCAACAGCUCAGAGAGGACCUCCAACGUUUUCAGCUCAGGGUCAACCACAAGCUUCUCCUUUUGGGGCUCAACCAUGGCAAAUGCAACCUCCACCAAUGUCUGGUUCUAGUCAACCACCAAGAAUGUUUGGCAUGCCACCACCACUUCCCAAUCAACAAUCACUGGCCACAAUCUCACCUGCCAUGGGUGCUGGUGUAGGUGCAGUUACAGGACCAUCAAAGAUUGACCCUAACCAAAUCCCUCGCCCUAUUCCAAAUUCCUCUGUGCUUAUUCAUGAAACUCGACAGGGAAACCAGGCAAAUCCUCCACCGCCUGCUACAAGCGAGUUCAUUGUAAGGGAUACUGGAAACUGCAGUCCACGAUACAUGAGGUGUACCAUCAACCAGAUUGCUUGCACAACCGAUCUUUUGAACACAUCUGGGAUGCAGUUGGCUUUGUUGGUCCAGCCUUUGGCUCUCCCUCAUCCAUCUGAAGAGCCCAUCCAAAUAGUGGAUUUUGGUGAAAGUGGUCCUGUUCGCUGUUCUCGUUGCAAAGGCUAUAUCAAUCCGUUCAUGAAGUUUGUUGAUCAAGGAAGACGUUUUAUCUGUAACUUCUGUGGUUUCACUGAUGAAACUCCCCGUGAGUAUCAGUGCAAUUUAGGCCCAGAUGGCAGAAGAAGAGAUGCUGAUGAAAGACCUGAGCUUUGUAGAGGCACAGUUGAAUUUGUUGCUACAAAGGAAUUUAUGGUGCGGGACCCGAUGCCAGCUGUCUUUUUCUUCCUCAUUGAUGUGUCUAUGAACGCCAUACAGACUGGUGCUACAGCUGGAGCUUGCAGUGCUAUCAGCCGAGUUAUUUCUGAUCUUCCAGAGGGUCCACGGACUAUGGUGGGAAUUGCUACAUUUGACUCCACCAUCCAUUUUUACAACCUCAAACGCGCAUUACAGCAGCCGUUAAUGCUCAUAGUUCCUGAUGUACAAGAUGUAUACACUCCUCUUCAAACUGAUGUUAUUGUUCAACUUUCUGAGUGUCGUCAGCAUCUAGAUCUGCUUCUAGAAAGCAUCCCAACUAUGUUUCAGAAUAAUAAAACAGCAGAUUCAGCUUUUGGUGCUGGAAUCAAGGCUGCUUUUAUGGCAAUGAAGAGCACUGGAGGCAAACUUUUGGUAUUUCAAUCAGUUCUGCCUUCUGUUGGUAUUGCUGCACUUUCUGCUAGAGAAGCUGAAGGAAGAACUAAUAUAUCUGCAGGCGAGAAGGAACCUCAUAAACUACUCCAACCAGUAGACAAGACUUUAAAGACAAUGGCGAUUGAGUUUGCUGAGUACCAGGUUUCUGUUGAUGUAUUUAUAACGACCCAAAGUUAUGUAGACAUUGCUUCAAUCUCUGUGAUCCCAAGAACAACAGGAGGACAGCUGUACUAUUAUCACCCGUUUUCAGCUCUUUCAGAUCCUGCAAAACUUUACAAUGAUCUUCGAUGGAAUGUCACAAGGCCACAAGGCUUUGAAGCUGUGAUGCGUGUUAGAUCUAGUCAGGGUCUUCAAGUUCAAGAAUAUUCCGGAAACUUCUGUAAACGCAUCCCCACAGAUGUUGAUCUCCCUGCGAUUGAUUGUGACAAAACCAUCAUGGUGACUCUGAAACAUGAUGACAAACUGCAGGAUGGAACAGAAUGUUCUUUUCAGUGUGCACUUCUUUAUACAACUGUUUAUGGACAAAGAAGAAUACGUGUGUCUACAUUGUCAUUGCCAUGCACAACCAUGUUGAGCAAUCUCUUCCGCUCAGCUGACUUGGAUACACAAUUUUCAUGUUUUCUAAAGCAAGCUGCAAAUGAGAUCCUUGCAAAUCCGUUAUUACAUGUAAGGGAGCAAGUCACAAAUCUUUGCAUCAAUAUUCUUCACGCGUAUCGCAAGUUUUGUGCCACUGUGUCUUCAUCAGGACAGCUUAUUCUUCCGGAAGCACUCAAAUUGUUACCUUUGUACACUCUCGCUUUGAUUAAAAGUAUUGGAUUGCGGACGGAUGGGCGGAUAGACGAGCGGUCAUUCUGGAUCAAUUAUGUAUUCCCGCUUUCGGCGCAAUUGGCGGUUCCGCUUGUGUACCCUAGAAUGAUAAGUGUUCACGACCUUAAUUCAAAGGAAACAGAUGGAUCUGUGAUUCCGGUUGCUAUUCCUCUAUCGAGUGAGCAAGUGAAUGAGAAUGGAAUUUAUCUUCUUGAAAAUGGGGAGGAUUGUUUAAUUUAUAUUGGAAGCUCUGCAGAUCCUGAUACAACAAGACAACUGUUUGGCAUUUCUUCUGUUGAUGAGAUUCCCAGUCAGUUUGUGUUGCAGCAAUACGAUAAUCCUUUGUCAAAGAAGCUUAAUGAGGUCAUAAAUGAGAUUAGGAGCCAAAGAUGCAAUUAUCUUCGCUUAAAAUUAUGCAAGAAAGGAGAUCCAUCAGGGGUGUUGUUCUUCUCGUACAUGGUGGAAGACAAGUCUCCAAAUGGUCUCUCAUAUGUUGAGUUCUUAGUGCAUGUUCAUCGACAAAUUCAAAGCAAAAUGAAUUAA